CCUGUGGGGAGCCAAGCCAUGCUCAGAGGCAGCAGGUUUACCUUUGUGGGCGCUGACUGCUUCCCGGCCUCUUCAGUCUCAGACGUCUCUGCCGGAGUAACUCAAGUCACCUGUACUGGAAAUCAGUUUGCUGAAAUUAUUGAAACACAGUUCUUGAAGUUGAAGAAAAGUUGUUCUCCCUACAGGAGGUUCCACGCCUUGACAAGAGGAGUGUGGCGCUUUCUCGAAGCCCUCUGGACACGCCCUCCUAGCGUCCUCUGAGAAAGAUGCGGCAGCUCAAAGGGAAGCCCAAGAAGGAGACGUCCAGGGACAAGAAGGAGCGGAAGCAAGCCAUGCAGGAGGCCCGGCAGCAGAUCACCACGGUGGUGCUGCCCACGCUGGCCGUGGUCGUGCUCCUGAUCGUGGUGUUCGUGUACGUGGCCACGCGCCCCACCGUCACCGAGUGAGCGCCACGGCUGGCGUGGACUCCGUCGGCAGGGAGAGGAGGUGCGGGAGGGGGAGCAAAACAAAACAUGGCUUUCACGUGCAGAGAUGUUCAUGAUGCUGAGCUCUGAGCGGGGGCACCCUGUCUUCUCUGGUCUUUGACUUGAUUAAAAUUUCUCCACUUUUCUUGGGAGGGAAUAGGGAACGUUUUAUCAGUGAAUGUGCCAUACACCCUAUGGUCCACUUCAUGUGCCUUUCAGACUUCAAAGCAGUGCGUGUUUCUUUUUCUCCCCUAAAAUCGAUAAGCAGCUCCACCUGGUGAGAGGCGCAGUCUCUGGGUCGUGCAGCAGCUGGAAUCAGUACUCACCUCAUCCCCAUUGUUGGAACAUGACUCUCUCCUACACGUGUUCACAUUCUCCAAAGGGACUGUAUUUCUUCUCUGUGCUUAAUGUGAUUUGAAAUAUGUUGAUUCAAAGUGAAAUAUUUAUUUUUUGAAUAAAGGAGAUAAUAGCC